AUGCACAUCCUCCUCUCCUCCGCCACUGGAAACGGCGUCCGCUUCCCCCACACUGGCUACCUUGGCCUCACUCCGGUCACCGUACAGGGAGUCGUCCGCACCAAACUCGACGACGACGGCAAGCCUCUACCCGCAAAAUCAUUCACCGUUUCCGUGAGGUGCUACGAGUCUCGCCUCGGUCGUCGCGGCGCCGUGCACUCAAACAUCCUCGCAGACUACUCCACCGUCCUCUGGCAAUGUCCUCCCCCUGCAGAAUCCGCCCCCCUCGGCGACUUUGAUUCCACCUUUCGGAUCACAAUUCCAAAGGAGACCCCGGGACUCAGUGCCGCAUACUAUCAGGACUAUCGCAUCUUUUGGCGGCUCGAAGCAGUCGUCAACCAUCUUCCCCUCACCGGCGUCGGCGCUCGUCUCAUCAAGUCCGCUGAGCUCCAUAACUUCACCCGCUUCGACCUCCCCCCACCCAUCCCACCCCCAUCUCCGCCGCCGUUCGGUUACCUCCCCCAUCAGACCACGAAGCCCCGCGCGCCCGUCAUCCGUUACUACCUCGACGUGCCGACAGAUCCCAUCGGUCCUACCGACCUUCUUUCGGUCGGCGUCAGUCUUCGUCCUACCGACCCAUCCGUCUCCAUUCGUUCCGCCUCGCUUACCGUCGAGCGUCGCAUCGAGAUCCGAGAAUCGCCCGCUUCCAUCACCUCGUCCCCCGUCGCCUCCUCGCCACUAUCCCCUUCACUAGACCCGGAGGACCCACACUUCUUCUCCUCUUCUCCUGGCCGGACCACUCCUCCUUCAUCGCCACCGAACUAUCCCAAUCAUUCCCCAUCCUCCCUCCGUGCACCCGCCGCAUCACACUCACGCUUAUCCCUGUCCGGCAGCAGCCUUACCGUAAACACCGUAGAAACGAACGACUCUCACCAUCCUCUCAUACCCUCCAUCUCCUCGAGUUCAUCCAGCACUGCACCGAAAGUCUCGACGUCCACAGUAGUCGGUACCGAAAACGCCGCUCGGCACUUCGUCCGGGACCCGGAGACUGGCGUCUGGUCGAGGACGAUGACCGUGCAAUGGCCAGCCGCACGAAGCCAUACCAAAUGGGCACUAGGCGAGCAGAUCACGACUGACAUGUGCAGAAUUCGGUUUUACGUCAAAGUCAAAAUCGUAGUAUCUUCGCCUUCUGGAACAGACUCCUUAGAGCUGAGAGAGCAAGCUCUCACAGUCGUGUCCACUAACGCUGCCGAACGUUCGCUGGCAAUGUCCAAAUACGAAGAAUCCCUCGGCGCGUCAUCCACCACUCCCACCCGCGGAGGCUCAAAGUCACCGCAUCGUACGAAAGCGAAGUUACCAGCGGCAGCCAACACUCCCGACGGGCACGAUCCAUGGGCCGUCGACGGCUCCUCUAACUCCAAGCGGUCGACAAGACCUGGGACGUGUGACCCACGAGAUGCAAAACGAAAAAGAUCGAGAGAAAGCGGGUCUUCGAGCUCGAAUGCGAGGCCACAUACCUCGGCGGGCCCGAGGCCGCAUACGAGUAGUGGGUCGAGAGAGCAUUCGCAUUCGCAUUCGAGCAAGGCGGGGAAUUUGAACGGGGGUGGGCCAAGGUCGGGUGUGGUAUUGGAGAGGCUGGGAGGCAGUUUGAGUGUUGGGUGGAGGCCGGGGACGGCGAUGGCGGCGAGUGUGGCGCAGCCUGCGCCUGUUCAGGUUCCUGUGGUGCCCGUGGCUGCGAUUUCGCCCCCCUCAUCGACGACGACGAAGUUGAGAACGAGUUUGAGUGCGGGGUCGAGUGUUGGUAUGAGUCUUGGCCAUGGGUCAGGGAGGGCGGAGAGCGAGGAGAUCAUGAAUGGGCUUAUACCGACGUUGAGGGUGAAUACUAUUACGGGCGUCACGACGAGGACGCAGAAAAAGAUUGCGGUGGCGCAGGAGCAGGUGAGGGCUUGGGAGGAGGAGCUGGAGAGGAUCGAGAUGCAGAGUCGGAGGAGCAGUAUAGGUAUGUUGAGGAUGAGUAGGGUGUUUGGGAGGCAGAGAAGAGGGGAGGUCGUCAGUGGGCGGUGAAUCUGAAUCUCCGUUAUCCCGGCUUUUUCGUCGUGAAUUGUCUCUUUCUCGUUCUUCCAUCCUCAUCCUCAUGAUCAUUGGCAUCGCAUAGCAUCUCUGCAUCUACCAUUUUUUUCGUUUCGUUUCUGUUCUCCAUCUCCAUUCCAUUCCGUCAUCCGCACCUGCACCUGCAUAUACAUAACACGCAUAUUCUUGGACCGUCCGUCCGUCCGUCCGUCCGUCCGUCUUGUCCUCGUUCUCUCGCAUCCAUCCGCAUUCCUACAUACUCACAUACAUACCGGAUCUGGCCGUCUUUCUGUCGCGAUUAUUUACACGUCCCCCUUCGCCUUCCCUUUCGCCCGUCUCUUGCAGCAGCGAGUUCAGCCCGCCCCCGCCCCCGCUCCAUGAGUAACGUCCUCCCUAACCGCAUCCUUCAUUCAAUCAAUCCACCUUUCCUUCCUCGACACACCGUUAUGCAGUCCUCCGGCCUCAUCAAUCCCCGGUCCAUCGCUCAUCACGCAGUCAAGCAUCCAGCGCCAUCACCAUCACCUCACCACCUCAUCACCAUCACCUCAUCCCCAAACCAUCUCCCCGUCCCUUUCCUCAUCU